AUGAAAAGGAAGAAGAAACAUCACCAGUUAAGAACCAUCAUCUGUGGAAGAUGUCAGCUCUUGUCUCAUGGAUAUAUGAUUGUAGCAGUUGUUGGCAAUGGAGGAUACGCUGGUGGAAAGCAAUUCGUAUCUGCUGAUGAACUCCGAGAGAAGCUUUCUCACUUGCGCCAUGAGAAGGCUUUGAUUGUAAAGUUGGUUGAUAUUGUUGAUUUCAAUGGUAGCUUUUUAGCUCGUGUCCGUGACUUAGUUGGGGCUAAUCCGAUAGUACUAGUUAUAACUAAGAUCGAUCUCCUUCCAAAAGGAACAGAUAUGAACUGUAUCGGUGAUUGGGUUGUAGAAGUAACCACGAAGAAAAAGCUAAAUGUCUUGAGUGUUCAUCUCACAAGUUCCGAGUCUCUGGAUGGAGUUAGCGGAGUUGCAUCAGAAAUCCAGAAGGAGAAAAAGGGACGAGAUGUCUACAUUCUGGGCGCUGCUAACGUAGGGAAGUCAGCAUUCAUCAAUGCUUUGCUGAAAACAAUGGCCGAGAGGGACCCUGUUGCAGCAGCAGCACAGAAGUACAAGCCUAUUCAAUCUGCUGUCCCUGGAACCACCUUGGGUCCAAUUCAGAUCAAUGCCUUUCUAGGAGCAGAGAAGUUGUAUGAUACACCGGGUGUGCACCUACACCACAGGCAAGCAGCUGUUGUUCAUUCAGAUGAUUUACCCGCCAUUGCUCCUCAAAAUCGGCUCAGAGGCCAGUCUUUCGACAUUUCAACAUUAGAAGAGGAAAACUAUGAUGAUGAUCUUGGCCUUUCUGUUGAAGCACUCUUACUAUUACAGAAGUCUAUGUUGGAAAAACAGUGGAAUCUUUCGUUUGAGAAGACUGCGACAAGUGAAUCCCCAAGCAAGAAGAGGACCACUCGGAAGAAGAUUCCCGUCACCCGCUCAGGGAUUUCAGCUCGGCAAAGGAGAAUCUGUGCUAAGAAGAAAACUAAGAUGAGUCAUGUUAGCGCAGUUUCAGAAGUUAGUAGUGGAAACCAGGUUAGAACAGUGAUCAAUUCAGAGUUGUUUCAAGACAAUCGUGUGAAGGGUUAUGUGAAGGGUGUGAUAAGUGAAGAUAUGCUUAGUCACGCGGAAGUCGUGCGCUUGUCGAAGAAAAUCAAAUCCGGACUUCGCCUUGAUGAUCAUAAGUCAAGAUUGAAGGAUAGAUUAGGCUGUGAGCCUUCCGAUGAGCAGCUUGCAAUAUCCUUGAAGAUAUCUCGGGCCGAGCUUCAGGCAUGGUUGAUGGAAUGUCAUCUCGCGAGAGAGAAGUUGGCUAUGAGCAAUGUGCGUUUGGUUAUGUCUAUUGCUCAGCGUUAUGAUAAUAUGGGAGCAGAAAUGUCUGAUCUUGUUCAGGGUGGUCUUAUCGGACUUUUGCGGGGAAUAGAGAAAUUUGAUUCUUCCAAAGGUUUCAGAAUCUCAACUUAUGUAUAUUGGUGGAUUCGACAGGGUGUGGCAAAAGCAUUAGUGAACAACUCAAGAACCUUGAGGUUACCUACUCACCUGCAUGAAAGGCUCGGUGUAAUCCGAAAUGCGAAGCUUAGACUUCAAGAGAAAGGAAUCACACCCUCCAUUGAUAGGAUAGCAGAGUCUCUAAACAUGUCACAGAAGAAAGUUAGAAAUGCAACAGAGUACAUUGCGGAUAAUCGUUUGGAGAACAAUCCGUGGCAUGGAUAUGAUGAGUGGGCACUCAAGGACGAAGUAAGCAAGCUUAUAAGUGCAACACUUGGAGAACGGGAAAGGGAGAUCAUUCGAUUAUACUAUGGUCUAGACAAAAAAUGUCUCACAUGGGAAGACAUUAGCAAACGGAUAGGAUUAUCGAGAGAGAGGGUGAGACAGGUGGGGCUUGUGGCGCUAGAGAAACUAAAACACGCAGCGAGAAAGAGGAAAAUGGAGGCAAUGUUAGAGUAUCUCACUUUCUCUCUCGGGAGGGACUCUAAGGCUUUAGAUAACAUAAUAGUAGCUGGUGGGAAAAUCUCAGCAAUGGCGCUACGGACACUCUCGACGUUUCCUUCUCUUCCUCGUCGCCUCACGAGACGCGAACCAACACUCACCGUGAUUCACCGGAACCCGGCGACCUUAACCGUAUGUAAGUCUAUCGCUAAUUCAGAACCGGCGGUUUCACUCUCGGAACGGGAUGGAUUCGCGGCGGCAGCUCCUACACCUGGAGAGAGGUUCCUGGAGAACCAACGAGCUCAUGAAGCUAAGAAAGUGGUGAAGAAAGAGCUCAAAAAGGAGAAGAAGAAAAAGAAGGACGAGGUUGUACGGAAAGUUGUUGACACCUCCGUCUCAUGUUGCUACGGAUGCGGAGCUCCGUUACAGACUUCCGACGUCGAUUCUCCGGGAUUCGUCGAUCUUGUUACUUACGAUUUGAAGAAGAAACAUCACCAGUUAAGAACCAUCAUCUGUGGAAGAUGUCAGCUCUUGUCUCAUGGACAUAUGAUUACAGCAGUCGGUGGCAAUGGAGGAUAUGCUGGUGGGAAACAAUUCGUAUCAGCUGAUGAACUCCGUGAGAAGCUUUCUCACUUGCGCCAUGAGAAGGCUUUGAUUGUCAAAUUGGUUGAUAUUGUGGAUUUCAAUGGUAGCUUUUUAGCUCGUGUCCGUGACUUAGUUGGGGCUAAUCCGAUAGUACUAGUUAUAACUAAGAUCGAUCUCCUUCCAAAAGGAACAGAUAUGAACUGUAUCGGUGAUUGGGUUGUAGAAGUGACCACGAAGAAAAAGCUAAAUGUCUUGAGUGUUCAUCUCACAAGUUCCAAGUCUCUGGAUGGAGUUAGCGGAGUUGCAUCAGAAAUCCAGAAGGAGAAAAAGGGACGAGAUGUCUACAUUCUGGGUGCAGCUAACGUAGGGAAGUCUGCAUUCAUCAAUGCUUUGCUAAAAACAAUGGCCGAGAGGGACCCUGUUGCAGCAGCAGCACAGAAGUACAAACCGAUUCAAUCUGCUGUCCCUGGAACCACCUUGGGUCCAAUCCAGAUCAAUGCCUUUCUAGGAGGAGAGAAAUUGUAUGAUACACCGGGUGUGCACCUACACCACAGGCAAGCAGCUGUUGUUCAUUCAGAUGAUUUACCCGCCCUUGCUCCUCAAAAUCGGCUCAGAGGCCAGUCUUUCGACAUCUCAACAUUGCCAAGUCAAUUAUCAAGUAGUCCCGAGGGUCAGAGCUUGAACGGUUAUACAUUUUUCUGGGGAGGUCUCGUCAGGAUUGACAUCUUGAAGGCUCUACCAGAAACGCGUUUCACAUUCUAUGGACCAAAGGCUCUUGAGAUUCAUGUAGUAGCAACCAAAACAGCAAACGAUUUUUACCAGAAAGAACUUGGUCUGCUUCUCACGCCUCCAUCAGGCAAAGAUCAGAUUCAGGAGUGGAAAGGGUUACAAUCUCACCGUCUACUCCGAAUUGAAUUUAACGAUCCCAAGAGGCCGGCUAGUGACGUGGCUAUAUCUGGAUUAGGAUGGAUUUCAAUUGAACCAAUCCGCAGAACACGAGACUCUGAGCCGAGAGAUCUGGAAGAAUCAGAGCAUGAGAUACGUCUUUGCGUAAGUGUGCCAAAACCAGUUGAAGUGUUUAUCAGACCAACAUUACCCAUUGCCUCUUCCGGUGCUGAAUGGUAUCAGUACCGUGACUUAACCGACAAGGAAGAAGAAGUAAGACCCAAAUGGUAUUUUUAA